GCAAUCGAGUUGCUCGGCCGCGCAUGCGCAUUCGGCGGCUUUUAUGCGGUCUUUGGUUGCCUUGCUCGUGGGAGAGAAUUUUAAGCUCCUUCUUCGUCGCCAUUACGUCGUUCUUGCUUUCAAGAGGAUCGGCCCCGCAAAAAAACAGAUAUUCGCGUUUAACAAUCAAGUUUCGUUAAUGUGUUCUUCUGCCAGGUGUUCCAGGUAUUCCCGCAAACGGAGUCCGCACCUCUGAUGGCCGCAGUUCAAGCGUUUGAUCAAGUCCCCUGCCCGAACCUUUGGGAGAAGAGCGAGGCAACGGGCAUGGCCGACAUGCAGGCGGCGCCGGUGGAUCCCAGCCAGGCCUGGGAAAAUGCCCGCAAGGCACUGGAGAAGGUGCAGACAACCGCUGGCAGUAGCCCUGCCAAACCCACCGCCGGAGCCGACAUGGCCACCGGCUAUGCAGGUGGCUAUGGGUACGGCUACUGGGGACAGCAGCCGCAGCAGCAGGGCUGCAUGUACCCCGGCUACAUGGGGUACAACGGUUACGCUCAGUCUCCCGGUCCGGGAAUGCCCGGCGGCUAUGGCUACUAUCCGCCCUACGACAUGUACAACGGGGGCUACUACCCGGUCCCCUCGGCAAUGCCCUGCCCCCAGACCCCGGGAGGGCCCUCCCCCAGGGGCGGGGCCCAGCAGACUCCACCCCCUCCCCCCGGGGAGCAGCCCGUUCCCCCGCCCCCUUCGGAGGACGGGGAAGCGGGUUCCGACCCCGGCCAGAACUCGCAGGCCCCGCUUGCAGGCCCACCGCAGGGGUACGGCGGUGCCGGCAGCUACGGUCCCGGCCCGGGCUAUGGAUUCUACUACGGCUACGGCGGCAACGGCAUGGGCGGUCCCGGUGGGGAGGGGCCCCAGCAGAGGCCGCCACCCCCGCAGUUUGGCGGUGGCAUGCACGGGAAGCAGGCCCCGGGUGCAGGGGGCGUCCGCUUCAGCCUGCCCAAGCGGGGCCCCAAGGGCAACAAGUUUGGCAGGGGCGGCUUCCAGCAGGGACGCAUGAUGGGACCUCAGCAGCAGGGACCCCCGGGACCCAACCAGGAGCGAUGGGCGCAGAACGCUGCGCAGAGGCUGGAGGACCGCAUGGCCAACCUGACCCCCCACGGCCGUGACUGGCCAGAAAGCCUCAAACGCUACGCCAUGCGUGCGUUUGGCAAGUGCAAGUCGGAUCUCGACAGGGACCAGGUGGAGAUUGUGCUGAAGGGGAAGCUGAUCAAGAUGCACCGCGGUGGGGACAUGUGGGCCAUGGACUGGGACAACGAGCCCCUUCCCAGCAUACACAGCGAGCGCCUGCAGCAGGAGCAGGACAAGCCCGCACCGCCACCGCCGCCGUCUUCGACCGCGUCCCAGCCAACCCCCGACGACAAGAAGGGGCCGCAGGGGACGCAGUCGUCCUCUCUCCUCUCUUCGCCGGCCACACCGGGCCCCGGGGGGGCCCCUCCGGCCCCCCGGAGCAGCUUGGCCCGCAGGCUGGGACACGCGGCACCCGUGUCGAACAGGCUGGGCCCUAAGAGGGCUUCCUCGUCGGAGAGGGGUGGCCGCGAGUCGCCCCCGGGCUACAUCCCGCUCAAGAGCGGCGGGGGCCGGAGGUCGGACGGGUGGUCGCGGGGGAACGGGCGUAGGCUGUCCAGGUCUAGGUCCAGGUCCAGAUCGCGUUCCAGGUCGAAGACUAGGAGCCCGCCACAGCCGGGACCCAGGGACCGCAGGAAGAAGAGGCGUUCCAGCUCUCUGGAGUCCAGCUUGAGCCCGGAGCCGGUGCGCAGCAGCGGCAAGAAGGCGCUGCACUCGAGCGUGUCGUACAGCGGGACCAACCCGAGCCAUGGCUUGGGCAAGAAGGGCAAGUCUGCCCAGAACCGCAAGGCCAACAAGAAGCAGAAGAAGCAGCAGCAGAUCCCCCAGUUCCAGGUGGAGGAGGACAUGGUGACGAGCGAGAAGCUGCAGAAGCGGGCGGCCCGCUUCCAGUCGGAGAUCUCGUCGGGGCGCAAGAAGCGUCCCUUCUCGCUGGUGCUGACCAUCAACAGCGGACCCCUGCUGGAUGCCGGAGAGGCCGACCUGGACUGGGAGUCCUUCCCCAUCGUGGGCACUUGCAGGGACCUCGAGAAGCAGUACCUGCGCCUCACCUCGGCUCCCGACCCCUCGACGAUCCGCCCCGUGGAGGUGCUGCGUCGCUCCCUGGACCUGGUGAAGGAGCAGUGGCUGCUCAAGCAGGACUACCACUACGCCUGCGACCAGCUCAAGUCCAUACGCCAGGACCUCACGGUUCAGUGUGUCCGAGACGCCUUCACCGUGCAGGUCUACGAGACUCACGCCAGGAUCGCACUCGAAAAGGGGGACCACGAAGAGUUCAACCAGUGCCAGACGCAGCUCAAGACGCUCUACCUGGAGGUGGAGGCCGGCAACCGGCUGGAGUUCACGGGGUACCGGAUCCUCUACAACGUCUUUGCCCGCAACACCCUGGAGUUGAAGACGAUCCUGGCAAACCUGAGUGCCUUGGAGAAGGCGGACGCGGUGGUGAGCCACGCGCUGGCGGUGUGCCAUGCUUGGAGCCUGGGUAACUAUGCGAGGUUUUUCAAGCUGUACCAGAGCCCGCCCAAGAUGUCCGGCUACCUCAUGGACUGGUGCGUGUCCAGGGAGCGCAAGGCGGCCCUGCGCGCCAUGGUCCGGGCAUACCGGCCAGUUUUGCCCGUAGCGUAUAUUGAGCGUGCGUUGGGCUUCGCCGGCCGCGAGGAGGUGCUCGCGUUCCUGGCCGAGCUUAGCGUCACCCUGCUGGACGAAGACGGGGAGCAGGCCAGCGUCGACUGCAAAGAGUCCCUCGCGGCGGUGCUCGCCAGCUAAGGGGCGCUCUCUCCUCCUUCCUUGGCAAGCGCGUGCUCGCAAGGCUACCAUUCUCCGGUCUUGCGUUCCCUUCCUCCCUCCCCGCCCUAACCUUCUGUCGGAGCUCGUUUCCCGGAAGGAGAUCUGCCAUGGGGUGGUAGGCCGGCCUCCUCCCCAAGGCGGCAUCCUCUCGCUCUAUCCACCACUGCCAAAGGAGCGACCUCACACGGGUUGCAGCGGAAGAAAGAAGACCACCGUCGGGGAAAGGGGUGCCCUUGGACUUUGGUGCGUGAUUGGCAAGGGGUCAUCAAGAGGAAGGGGUUACGCCCGUCACGGGCUCUCUGGCUCUGUCGGCUAGAGGCCGGCGGCCCGUGAAACCAGCGAGGGUUCCAGUUCGUCGGGUGCCAGUUUCAUUGGCCACCAGUCCUGUCUGGUGCCAGUUUCUUUGGCCACCAGUCCCGUCGGGUGCCGGUUGUGGCUGCCACCUGUUUCAUCGGGCUGGUGUCAUCCGCUACCAGUCUCGUCAGGGGGUGGGGGGGGGGGGCCGGUUUCAUCGGGCACCAGUUGCACCGGGUGCUGGUUGCGGCCAUCACCAGCUUCGCCAGGCUGGUGUUGUGUUCUACCGAUCGCGUCGGGAGGGGCUGGUUUCGUCGGCCACCAGCUUCGUCGGGCUGGUGUCUUCUGCUACCGGUUUCGUCGGGAGGCGGUUUCAUCAGGUGCCGGUUCAUCAGCCGACAGUUUCGUCGGGCUGGUGUCACCUGGUACCAGUUUCAUCCGCUGCCAGUUUCCUCGGGCCAGUGUCUUCAGCGGCCAGUUUCAUCGGGGCCAGGUUGGCUCGUGGCAAGUUCGUCUGGAUCCCGAUUGGACUCUGGUUCAUCGUCAUCUCAAGAGGGGGGAUGGGAAAGCGUAGUAGGGUUCCUGAGGUGCACGGUGUGGGAGCACCGGUGGCUCGUCGGCGCUGCCUUGCCCCAAGAGGGCACAAGGCGGCUGUGGCAUGGCUUGCCACACUGCUACUCCUAGUCUCUCUGCCACGCUACAAGGGGCUUGUUUUGAAGUUUGCCCUGAAGACCAGUCGCAUCUGGAAUUUCCUGCGGGCCUCAAGGUUCCUGUCCAGGUUUGACGCGACAGCAGGGUCCAUUGCAGUGUUCCGGCCCAGGAGCAUCCUUUCAUCUUCAAGGUCCCACAAAACAGGAGAAAAGAUCACAUUUGGCUGCAGCAGUUAACCAGAAGCACGUCAGAUCUUCCAGGGAUGUGGUUGCUGUCUUCCAGAGCGAGGUCUCCAGAGGAGGCAAGAGGUUCCAGGACAAGACGAAGACCGUUCCGAAGACACUGCUGCGGUUCACUAAACCGGCAUCAGUGAGUAACGUCAACAGAAAGGUAAUAUGGAUUGUUUGUCGAUGUGCCAAGAGUGUCGUCAUCCGAUGGCCUGCAUCUGCAGCAGUGAGUUCCACAGACUUUUCCAAAGAAGUGUCUCACCUGCAGUGCCAAGUCAGCAAAAUGGUGAGAAGGUUGCAGGAUCAGAUGCAUUUCGACCAGUCGUUGAUGGGAUACAAAGUUGUGAUCUGGACAGAUUUAAUUGGGACAAUGCAGCUUUGCCUUCCCUGUAAAUUAUGUUGUAUAUAGAAGUUGUACAUAAAAUCUGUACAUACAUCAUGUACAUGUGCUUGUAACAAAAUAAAAAAAAGCCUUGUGGUGAC